AUGUCUGCCUCUAACACCUUUACCUCUGGUGAAAAGCUCCCAAUCCUCGACUACUCCAAUUGGGUUGAUUGGAGUGAAUACUGGCAAGAUCAUCUUAUCCUCUACGACCUAUGGCAGUACGUCGAUCCAACAUCUACAGUGACGGUGCCACCCCCUACGACUAAUGUCAAUCAAGAUAUUGCUAAAACGUUAACCGAAAACCUUACCAAAAUCCGUCAACAUGUGUCCCCUGAAUGUCGCAAGCUCCUAGUUGGCCAUACAAACCCAAGAGACCUCUGGUCCUCACUCAAGGCUGGCUGCGACCGCGGGACAACUCUCCCAUUAAUUGCUCAAUACGAAUUAUUCCACAACAACAAGUGGGAGCCAAAGGAUACCAUUUCUACCUACACAACCGUUCACAUCCUCGUGGAUCGACUCCCUGACUGUUACAAGACCAAAGGUCAAACAGCAAAACAAUUGAACCUUCCCUUCAUUGAAACAGUGACCUACCUGCUUGCCAAUAUCAAAGAUUCCUCUUCUGAAGGAGACAACACGUCUGGCCAAGCCCUAGUAACUCGAGGCCGUCGUCCGAACCGCAGAACAAGCUCUCGGAACCUCCGUAAUGGAGGCAAUAACUCAAAUUCAAACCGUCGUGAACGAUCAAAUCGAAAUUCUCGGAAUAAGCGACUUAUCUGUAACUGGUGCAAACGAGAGGGCCAUUACGAGCGUGACUGUCAUAUUCGACAACAGCAACUAGACUCUGGCGCUGCAAAGCUUGACAGAGGUCGUGCCUACUUAGUUCAACAGCCAAGCAGUUUGCAACCUCCGCCUCAGCCGCUACCUCUACUGGCUCCUCCACCUCCGCAGGCAAAUUUCUCCUCCUCCCACUGGAUACUGGACUCUGGAGCUACACAGCAUUUCUGCAAUAGCAAAUUGGACCUUAAGGACUAUAAACAUUUCCUUGAACCCAGAGAGAUCUACCUUGGAGAUAAUACUACAAUCUAUGCAGAGGGAUCUAGUACUCAACAUCUUCAAGUUGGGCCUUAUAUUCUAGUCCUCAACGUCUGCAAGUCAUUUAACCGCGUGCAUGCCGACCUUAUCCCCUUGGACGGUAUCUCCCUUGGUGGAUCUAAGUAUAUGUUACUACUGGUCGAUGAUUACACUCGCUAUGCAUGGUGUUACUUUGCCUCAAGCAAGAAUGUUCCUGCAAUUACGCCUCUCCUACAAGGAUUCAUAAACUUGGUCCUAACUCAAUUCAAUGCUGUAAUCAAGUCAUGGCGAACUGAUGGCGGUACCGGUGAAUUCAUAAAUAGCAUAGUCAAAGAAAUAAAUCGCCAAUACGGAAUACUUCACCAAGUCUCUACAUCUGGUGUCAAGCAACAGAAUGGUGUACUGGAACGACGAGUUCAGACGAUCAAGAAUAUGGAACGCUCUAUGAGAGCUGGUGCUGGUGUCCUAGAUGACUACCAACUACAAGCUGAGUCCCUGGCCACCUCGGAGCACCGCAGCUCGAGCUCUGAUCCUCGCUGCAGGCCAGCCAUGAUGGUAGGCUAUAUACAAGACUCAAAGUCUAUUUAUAAAUGUCUUGAUCUUCAUACUCUGCAAACAAGCAAUCAUUCUGAAAUCAAGUUUGAUGAAGACCUUUUCCCUGGUCCAUGGCUCAAACGCCCUGCCAGUUUUAAACUGUCUAUUGCACAUAAAAGAAAUCCGCCUGGUUCAGCGGUCGAUACUGUACUUGAUCCUGUGAACCUGGAAGAUCCUGCAAAGCCAGUAGAUCCUAUGGAACUAGCAGAUGUAGCCCAAAGGGCAUUGGACUCCCCCCAGUUCCUGGCACUCCGAAUGGACAGCCAGCCCAUCUACAACCCACGAGGAAGCGUUGUAUUUGGCACCUGCGUCAAAAUCCAUGAGCACGAUACUACAAGGGAGCUUGUGGAAGCCGCUUUGAUCGUGUAAGGCAUGGAGUCGCUCUCCUGCCCACCCUGGCAAACAGCAGAGAGG